AUGAGGAGGCUGCUCGUUCAUAUUCUCUGCAUCUCUCAAGCCCUGCUCUGUGCUGCUGACUCUCCUCCUCUGAGCGAGGAGGCACUGGAAGGGCUGUCUGCAGCAGGAGAGCAUUUUGUCAAUGAGGAAAUAAAGAGAUCUGUACUCGGGGUGAAGCAGGUGAGGGAGCUGAUGGAGGAAAAAGAGAAAAAGCACAGACACUUCAUGGACGCCCUGAGACAGAGCAGCGACAAGAAGAAGGGAGCGAUGCAGCUGGCCCGAGAAUCCGAGCAGAAACUUGAAGAGGCUGAGAGGCAGUGUCGAGAUUUGACCAAAUCUUUGUUUGAGGAAUGCCGGCCUUGUCUUGAAGAUACUUGUAAGAACUUUUAUGCCUCUACAUGUCGCCGUGGCUUCACCUCCUUCUCUUAUAAGGUUGAGGAGUUUUUCAAGACACUUGCGGCGCAGCUGGAAGAGACGGAUCAUUUCUUUUAUCAAGAUGAGGAGAAUACGGGUUACUCAAACUUGGCAGAGAAUCCUCAGCUCACAGGAGAUGAAGCAGAUCUUCAGCAGGUGGAUUUGUCAUUCAGCCAGCUGCUUUUACAAACCAACGUCUUGUUCAACCAGAGUGUCUCUCUGGUCACAAAGAUGCAACAGGCAUUCGGGCAUUCCUUCCUUUUGGCUUUCACUGCAGAGCUCCAUCCCAGCCCUCUGUCAGCCACGUGGGUCCGCUCAGGCCCUGGCUUCUUCAGAAGUCUAGGUCUGGAUCAGACUGUUGAUUCAGUGAAGAAUGGGAUGGGGGAAAUUGGCUCUUCUGUGGUUGAUAUUUUUGAAGAUGAGAACUCUCAGCAGCCAAACAAAGAUACAGGAUUCUUUCCUGGUUUGGGACAGUUACAGAGCAGACAUCUGUGCAGACGCCUGCGCAGACAAACAUCAGAGUGCCUGCAUCUUGGAGGUUGGUGUGAGACCUGCAAAGAGUAUUUCUUUAAAGAGUGUCCCAUCGUCCAGCAGCUGCACUCUGAGGUGGAAGAGAUGCACUUGCUUCUGAAUGCCUCCCGUGAACAGUACGACGACCGGCUGCAGCUGGUCCGCAGACACACGGCGGACACGCAGUCCUGGCUCAGCAACAUGGAGGACAAAUACCGCUGGGUCAGCCACCUGUCUGAAGACACAGAUGGCCCAGACAACAUCUUUAGCGUCAUCGCAGUCACAUCUCAGCCACAGAUGAAGACCAUCAGACUUAAAACUGACAGCAUCAUGCUUGUGACUGUUCUGGACUCGGCCCCGUUCGCCGUCUCAGUCCCUGCAGAGCUGGAGGUGGACGACCCUGCUUUCGUUCAGUAUGCCGCUCAGGAGGCUCUGACUCUGUACAAACGCCAGAUAAGAGGGAUGAAGUAA